UGGCGACUCCCAGUAGUGUCAUUCUACUUUUGACAUUUUUUCAGUUUUUAUAUGAUAAAUAUGUUUGAUAAUUGAACAAAAGUAUUCCAUUGGAUAUGGAAAGUGUCGAAAAUGCUGGUGCUUCCUGUUUAUUCAGACUGGGAGAGGAGAAAGCCCAUUCGAUUCAAACUCUCUUUAAAUAUUUUUGUUAUCAUUUGCACAGAGGCGAGUGGGAGUUGUCAAAAGCUUGUAUCGAUCAAUUAAAUGCUGAAGGAAAAUAUGCUGAUGUCAACAUCAAAGACGUUUUACUCGAUGUCAUUCAAUUUCCUUUUAGUCGCAGUGAAACAGGAACAAACAUCAGGUCACCACUACACUUAUCAUGGCUUUGUUUGAUGAAAUACAGGACUUUGAAGAAUACAGAGGAAAAAGAUUUUGAACUACUACAUAAGGAUGUUGAGUUUUCAUUAAUAUUAUUUGAUGCCUGUGAAUGGAUACCUGCAACAAUACUCAAGGAAUUGUAUCAGUACCACCAGAAUGUGCUUCAGCUGGAGAGUCGGGGGACCGCCCAGGCCCGGAGUCCUCGUGUGGUGACCACACAACUUCUACAGACACUGCUGUCCAUUCUACUACAGAAUCCAGUUCUAGGAAACAGAUUAAUACAAUCUCUUCAUGCAAAUUCUGACCAUGAACAGUACAAGAAAAACAACAAAGUCCUACAGUUACUGUACAUCAAGGCUAUCGGCAGUAUUUUGGAUAAAAUUUCCCAACCCCUUCACCAAGUUCCAGAGGCAGGGGAGAAAGUUGCAGAGGGUGGAGAGGAAAACACAGUAUCAUCACAGGAUGAUAAUCAGCAAACUUUAUAUCAGAUACUCUCACUGUUCAAUCCCCAAACCUAUGAAAAUUAUUCAGAAAUUAGGGAGGUUUUUGGUAGGUUUCUGGAAUUGUCCUGUGGAGAAAGACCAAUACUAGAUAGGAAAUUCCUGCUGUCUUGCCUGAUUGGGGCAGAAAAUAAUUAUUUGGUGCAGGAAUUUCUGAAGCUAGAGCAUGAAGUUUAUGUCAAGACUUGUAGUUUUCCUUCCAAUCUUAGAGAUGUUGAUGCUACUGAAGAAACCAGGGUGAUGUUGAAAAUUUCCAAAGAAGAGAAUACAGAGGAAGGAAUGCAUCAACUGUUUCUAAUGUGUUAUACAAACAAAGAACAUUUCCUUAAUGUUGUUGUGAACACAGCAGUCCUUUUGAUAAAACAUGGCUUGUUUGAGGAGUUGGGUCAGCUUCUAUCGUCGGGAAUGUUUGAUCACUUGAGACCAUUUCUUCUUCUCCACGGCUGGUCCUACUGUCAGACCUGUGCCCAGGCUAAACUUCUACUGGACACCUUAAAAAAUGAACAGUGGAAGAGUUCCCACCCUGUACUGGAGAGUGCCUGUAAUAAGUUGUCAUACCAAAUUGACCUCAUCAAGUGGUGUCUAGACAGAACCAAGCCACUUUUACCAGCCGCUGAGAAGGGCCAGGUAAGCUCCAAUCAGAGAGCAGCGGACAUGUUUACAGGACUGGAGAACCACUCUGUGUUGUACGUACUCCAUCAGUCUACUCGCCUAGCUUCACUGGAACAACAGGAAGUGCUGAACCUAUUAGAAAAGAGUCCACUCCAGAAAAACCCAGAGUCAACAAAAUCUGUGAGAUUUGAGACAGAUAAAGAAAAAGAUGAGUUUCAUAUCGAGAGAUGGAGAGAUAUAUCUAUCUACACUGGUUACUGUGCAAUAAAAAAUGUUAUGGAUGCUGUCUAUUUUUGUGCUGAGUGUGUUCAUGAAAAACUAGUCCAUCCAGUGCAAGAGUCCAAUUCUGUAAGUCCACUGGAACACAUGAUUUCAAGCAUGUCUUCCAGUGACUCAGGGACUUCUGAAUCAGGGUAUAACUUUCAAGAAGAGUACUCUAAAAAUGUCACUCAGAAACUCAGUAGUGCCAAAGUCUAUCUAAGUAAACUGCAACCAUUAAACUUCAGGGUAGAAAUAUUAGAAAACAUUUUUUCUUUACUCUUUCUGUCUCAUGAGGAAAUUCAGGAAUCGUCGGCCAUUUUUGAUUCUGAUAGUGAAACUGGAGAGGAGGAUGAAAGAGGGAGAAGUGAGACAAUAGUGAGUAAUCAUCCGAGUUUGAGCCAGAGUAUAUUGUCAGAGGGAAGCACUUCCUCCCCCUCGCAGAGUGUUGAUGAAAAAAUCACAGGUGAGGAUCUAACAGGUGUGGGACAAAUUCUUAUUGGAAGCUAUGAUGAACCAUUUGUAGAGACAGUUCCAGAUGUCAAAACUAAGAAAAGAGAAAGGUCAGCUAGUCAAGACAAUAGUCGGAGUGUUUAUCUUCAAAGACUGAACAGCUUAAAGGAAAAACUGGCCCAUCAGAAAGGCGGGUCUGGAAAUGGGAGCACGCUGAGCACCGGGAGUACCAGCAGUUGUCGGAAAUUUGGCUUCCUGUGUAAUGAGUAUCUAGUCAGAGACAUUCUAGCUUUACUGAAGGAGUGUCUAGUUGAUCUGAGUUCGGCCAAGUUCCAAAUAUUAGGCAACAAGGAAAUGCCUGGAAAAGCUACAAAGACAGUCAUAGAUGUUAGUCUGGAGGAACCUCUGUCACGCUUGGUCCAGUCCAGUGUGGGAAGAGAUACCCUACAAAGGCAUGUGUCACAACUCCAGCAGUUUGUCAGCGAGGCUCAGUGGAGGUUCCAGCUGGUUUGUCAUGAAAUGAUCCCCCGAACCCCAGGGGUGGUCCUGGCCAAACCACUGUCGUUUUCUCUAGAGGAGAAUGACGAUGAGUUGGCAUUUUUACUACAACAAAAAAAUGGUGCCACCAAACGAACAAGGAGAAUUUCAUCUUCAUUAAAAGACCCAAGGGAUGAAGAUAGCAAGUUAGACAGAAAAUCCAGAAGGAGGCAACACAGAUCAGUGAACCAUGUUUUUGAAGUCAUCAAGCUCCUGAGAUUAGAUGACACUCCUCAAGCAAAAGAAGUCAAGUUUGCAGAGUUGUUCUCUAAGUGCUCAAAGAAACUUCAACAACUUCCCUCAGGGCAAAGUCAGGCCGUGAAGCCGGGGAAACUCUCCAUGAAAGGCUUAGCAUCAGUGGCAGCAGCAGGAGUGGCAACUGUGUCUGUGAAUAGUGUAGCAGAGGAAAUUCUGUCUGAAAAGGGCCUUCCCACAAUUCCCUGUCCAAAGUCCAGGCAUGUCAUACCAGUGAAGUAUUCGGAACUGUUUGAUCAGAACAAUGUGCAUAUGAUGAUUUUAUUUGACAUGCUGUGUACUUCCUGCAAAUCUUGGGAAACAUGUAACAGUCUUAUUGACAUAAUCAAAUCCAAGUUCAAAAUUAAACCCCAGAAAGGCACAGUUUCAAAUGGGGAAGAGAAAAAGAAGUUUGAUCACAGAAUCCAAGGAAUUCCUAGUCUUAUUAUCAAGUUUGAAUCUUUGCUUCAGCUGGGAGGGGACAUGGACUUAACCACAACACUUUCACACAAAGAAACUUUAUCAAUGCUCUACAAACACAGCAUUCAAACAUUUCUUCAGACAGCAACUCUUCCUCUCCUAAGAGAUGACUGUUUAACCUAUGCUGUGAUGUUGAUAGAAAUGAAAAAAGUCAUAGAUAAAACAGAACAUGCAUUCCAACAGCACGGCAAGAUGCCUUUGGAGGGGUACAUCCACAAGCCGCAGAGGGGUAGUUCUGAAUUCAGUCCCUCAAAAGUCAGUCCAAGGACUAGCCCCCAAACCAGUCCCAGACCCUCCCCAAAAUCUGAGGACCCCACACAGACGGAUAAACCAGUGCUACACAACGCCAUGAAACACCUGAUUCAUGUGAUGCAGAAAGAGGUUCCCAAGGGAGGGAUGUGUACCGUCAUGACCAGAUCACCUCCAUCCUCCUCAGGGAGCAGGGACUAUCUACAACACCUGUAUGAUCAUCUCAAGGGACUGGCCUUCGUAGUGGCUGAAACAGAGGCUAAAGCUAGUGAUUCUGUAAUAACUCCUAAGAAUUACUUCCAUAUGCUGUUGGAGAAGGUGGCCAAGAGAUUGAGUUUGAGUUUGACACAGAUUAUUGUUCAGAGCUGCUGUACCAACAUUCCUAGUAAACUUUGUCUUAAAGAAGGAAUAAAGAGAAAAGUGUCUGAAAGACCUUCAGAAAAAAGAUUGCCUUCCUUGCCAGAUGGACCAGAGGCAGUGAUUCGGAGCAUCCUAACUCGUCUUCUGCACCUGAUGAAAGAUGUCACCACAAACACAAAUCCAAAGGGUGUUUUUGACAUUUCUUGUGCCAAACGUCUAAUCAAACUUCCAGAAUAUAGGGACAUUAUAUCAGGAACUAAGUGCUUUAGAGAACUUGAUUUAAAUUUAUUAAAAUCCAGGGAAGAGAAAUUAUGUUUUUAUGGUAAUUUACAAAAUCUUAUGUUCCUUCACAUGUGCUUGGAUGAUAUCGACAAAUCUACCUCCAAUACAGAAGAUCUCGACGAGAAGAUUUAUUGUGAGUUGUGUGGAAUGGAGAAAAUUGUACAAAUGAGUCUUUUCAGCUAUAACAUCGGACAGUUGGGAAGAGUAAGCCUGUUUGAUUUAAAGUUUAUUUUGAAUCGAAGUGGACUUCCACCUCCUUUGGAGUUUGAGGGCAUAUUAAAAAACAGGACAUUGGAGCUGAAUAAAAGUGAUCCCUGGUUUAGCUUUGCCCUAUAUCCAGAGCCUCGACUUCUGUUUGUGACCACGACUUGCUCUGAGUCUUCUCCACCAUUACAGGUUCUUAAUCCAGAGCUUGUCAAAAGUCAGCUGCAGUCUGCCAUGAGAGAGUACUUAACAAACUGUGUACAGAUCAACAAGGAUGACAAUACAAUCACCCUGCCUGAGCUGUUGAUGUGGUAUAGACAUGAUUUCAGUAGUGAACAGGAGACAUUUACUGCGGAACAUGAGGGAGUCCUACAUGUAGUUGAGGGGCACACCACAGGGUCAACACAAACAGUACUGAGAGAGAUGUUACAAAUGGACAAAGUUCAUGGAUACUCAGAGAGUAUUGAUACAGCUGGAAGGAAGGAACUUCCUUUUAAAGUUUUGACUUAUAAUUAUAAAUAUAACUUUCUGGUAAAGUUUGAUGGUGAAACCCAUAAUCUUAGGUCCAUUCCAUCCUCACCUGCAUUAACUUUCCAUAAGACCCACAGAAGAGUUACCUCCCUUCCCAAAAAUCUUGACCUUUCAUUUGAACACAGUGGUGGAAGUAAAAAAGUGCCCCAUAUGAAAUACCAGUUGACACCUCUAACCCUGGAGUACAUCAAAGAUGAGAGCCCUCUGGUGGCCACUUUGGUCAGUCUUGUGUGUAUGGAUGAGUUAGAUGAUAUAGAGGAACACCUUAAUGUCGACCAUUUCACGGGAAGUCUCAGGAGUCGUUCCUCCUCCGAGAUGAGUCUGGUGGACAUAAAAAGCUAUAGGUACCAGAGAUUGACCAGGGACUAUCCCAUAUUAAAUGGACACAUUCUGAGCUACGUUAUACCUGUCGCAGGGGCUGAGGAUCCCGAAAUACUGGGCAGUGCCGACCCCAUUUUGAAAUUCAUUUCCAACAAUAUCUCAGACAGCGUGAAAGUUUGUAUGCUGAAUUUACACACCAGCAAGGAGUUUCAGUCUGUUUUGAUGAAAUUGUUGGAAGAUCUGACCAAAGAAGGAAAAUGGUUGGCUGUGAUUUCACUACUAGAGGGCAUUCCGAUCAUUGUUACUAGGCAACGACCUCAGCUCUGUGUUCUCCAUGACUUUGCCUUGGCUUGUUGUGUGACUGAACUAGUCAGUGGGAAUCAGUCAUUAAACCAAUCACAAACGGACAAAGUUGUCUGCUGUAUGCACAAAUUCAUAGACAAAGAGAAAUUCAUUCAUUUGUUGCUGUCUGUUUAUAAGAGUCUUCCUCUGGAAGAGUGUUGUGAACUUUUUGACCUGGUGUUCUACCUCCAAUCACACGAAUCUCUGCAUUCAGCUGUGAAAGCAAAAAUACAGGAAUUAAAGAUGUUUCUUAGGAUAACAGAAUGUGCCAAAACUCUGCAGUUCAAGAUUUCCAGUGGGACCUCCUUUGAUAAGAUGGAUAAAUCAGACAUUGACAGUUUGGAGCAGCUGACAGAAUGGAGAAAUGUCCAGUCCCCCGCCCAGGCCAGCACCGUGUUGUCUGUCCUACUGCGGACUGGAGAUUACGAGACAGCCAGACAGUGGUGUGGAUUUGUCAAAUUCCCAGAACAAAAGUAUCUGGAUGUGGUUGAACAUCAACUUUUCACUCUUCUUGAAAAUUCAAAGUCAGACACAACAAAAUCUUUUAUGAUUUUGGAGGAAUUAAAACAGACAAAUGAAAAGGACUGUUACAGAAUUUGUGAGAACUUGCUUGGGAAAUUGACCAAUCAGAAAGACCGUUUGUUUGUUGUAACUUACAUGAUGGAGCACCUGACUGGUGUGUUAACAGAGGAGAGGGUGGAUGAACUUCAUCAGACAAAAAUAGGAUGUGAUAUGUUGUUGUGUAUGCCAGAGAACUUUGUGCAUGAAUACUGUCACUUGGUUGCUGAACCCAAGUUGAUGUUGGAGCAACUGUUGAUGAACAUGAAGGUGGAGUUAGCCAGCACGGCAUUCCAGAAAGUUCAUUUUGAGUUGGAGAAGCUGAGAAAUGUGGGCCAGAGGUUCACGCAGCAGGACUUUAAUACACUGAUUGCAGAGUACGCAACAAAGGCUUUAGAAUUCAUUGUGAUCCAGUACACUGAACCAGAAAAGGACCGAUCUCAGUCUCAGCAGUCCAUUUCCUCCAAUGCCUCCUCAGACAAGCUGGAUGGGGCACCAGACAAGUCUCCCACAAAGAGAACCAGUUUAACUGAGUCUGUGAGGGUCAGGAGGAGUAUAGACUACACAGAUUUUUUGAAUAAGUAUUCCAAAACAAAAGGUAAAAAUAGAAGCUUCCUGAGUAACAGUCCUAACAUAGGCUCCCCCGUAAUGAGAGCCACAAGGUCCAACAAGUUUGUGAUGCCAGCGGAGCCCCCACCUAAAGAGAAAUGGCAGCCGGAUAGUGCCACACAGACGUGUAUGGUCUGCCAAGUAGAGCGGUUCAGUAUGUUUAACAGAAGACACCAUUGUCGGCGUUGUGGCAGAGUUGUCUGCUCUUCCUGUUCAACAAAGACUUCACAAGUCAGCGGUAUGGAGGUUAGGACUUGUGAUGAUUGUUAUUCCCAGCUGUUCAGUCCAAGAAAACCAGAAGUAGAGAUUUACCAGCAGUCCUCAGACAACUUGUCUGGCUCCAGUCUGACAUCCCGAACCUUCGGCUCCAACUUUCCCAUAAUUCCAGAGCAUGCCGAGUCACUCAAUCUCACUGAUGCCAUGCAUCAUUCAGAGCUGAUAUGGAAACUAAAGCCCGGUGAUGCAGAUCACAAUAAAAUGGUUCGGGAGGACUUCUAUUAUGAACAGGCCCCCAGUACCUCCCUGUGUCUUUCUUUACUGGGUCUUCACAGUAAACCCCACAAGUGUGGUAAGCUGAUGCUGGACCUGUGUGACAACCUGUCCGAGUUCCUGAGACCCAUCGCUCCCGGGGUCCCCAACCCAGAGGUGGAUUACAGUCUGGUUCUCAGUAUGAUGAAGACCCUGUUAGUUCAUGCCAAAAUGCAGUAUAUCAACAUUGGUGACCCCCAGGGCCUGGUGCGGUGUGAGACUUACCAGAGCCACAUAGACUUACUAGGGAUACUGGUCGGGGACAACUAUACUGACCUCCCUACCCUCCAAGAGCUCACCAAGAAAGACUAUGUCACGAGGAUGAGAGACAAAUUGAUUCAAGUGGAGCGGCUCCAUCUAGCAGUGGAGGUAUCCACUAAGUGUGGCCUUGACCCCGCGGGGGUGUGGGCAGCCUGGGGGAUGAACUGCCUGCUGGACGGGGACUUUCCCAGCGCCAGGGAAAAAUUCAGCCGAUGCUUGAAGCCUCUAACAGACCGCAAUAAAGUGAUCCAUCCACCAAAACUCCUGGCAGAUGUAAUUGAUUUCCUAGAAUCUACUCCUUCAUCUGUUACAAAACAUUUGCAACUUAUGAAGACCAAAAGAGGAACAUGGCAAGACUUGCUAGCAGAUCCACUGAUGAUGACAGAAGAAGGAGAUACAGACACCCUACAAUACCAUGAGUGUCACUUUUAUCUAAAGACGUACGCCAGCUUCUAUACCAUCAUCAACUUCCACCGCAGAAACGGACGCUGGAUGAAAGCCGUACAGUAUAUACUGGACCAGAAAUGUUCCAAAGAAGUGUUUGUUGAAUCUCUGUUGAUUCCUGCGCUGAAUUCUGGGGAGCUGGGGAAGUUAACAGACCAGAUGGUAAUGUUGGAUCCUUCCCUAGAAAAGUGGAAUCCCUACCUGACAGCCAUCUGUCGACAUCUUGUUAAGAAUAGGCUCCACCAUGUUCUCUAUGAAUUCCAGAUAUUUAUGAAGGAUUACAUUCGAGCAGCCAUGACUUGUAUUAACUAUUUCUAUCAGGAGGGAGCCAACAGUUAUCUGGAUCUGUACACACGGAUCAGUUACCUCCAUACGGCCCUCAGACACAUGCAGUCCUAUCUGGAUCCCUCCGAAUGGGGGAGUGUCAGGCGCCCCACCAUAUCAGAGGAGUCAAAGUUCAGCUCUACAGGUCAAAGUUCAGACCCAGUCAGACUGAUCCAAUCUCCAGAGGAAGUGUCAAGGUACAUAAGGACUGUGUCAAUCCAGAUAGAAGUAACAAAACACCUGUACCACUGCCUGACCAACCCUGACCCCGAGGCCACAGUGCCACCCCCCAUGUCAGUCAGCGGGAGGCAGUACCUCCCCACCAUGUUUGGAAACACCAAAACUAGGACAGAUCUUGUCAACAUGGUACUGCUCAGUGGAAAUGAUAUUUCAACAGCAUUUGAAUUAUCCUACAAGAUCAUUAAGGAGUAUAAACUUGGUGGGACAGCAAUCUUCACUCACGUGGCCAGAGAGAUGGCCAAGGCUCAUCGUUACGCCUACGUCAGGUCUCUCCUGGACGCCAUCGCGAGGGUCGGGUAUGGAGAUGAGGACACAGUGGACGAGAUCGUGGGAGCCUGUAUACUGGUCAUCUCCAAGAGCCCAAACGAGGCAAAAGAAGCUGAAAAUCUGAUCAAGUUGCUGAAAAAGGAUUCUAAUAAAAUCAAUGCCUACAUUCUGUGUGGUAAGCUACGGUCCGCUUACUUGAUGGCGGUGAAGACAGACCGAGUGGACGAUGUCCAGAGAAUUGCCGGAGCCGCACAGAGAAUGGGCCAAACAGCAGUCAAAAACAUCUGUACAAAGUGGCUGCAGCAGAAAGGAAAACAAUGAGUGUGUUACUUACUGUUUAAGUCUUAAGUUUUAUUGGACAAAACAACAAAAUGAGAUGCACAUAAUCAUUGUAAUUGAUUGUUACAUGCUUAACCUUAAAUGAUAUAUGAUCGAUAAUCAUGAGAAUAAAAUUACUGAUGUGCAAUGUUCAAGUUUUAAAGGGUCUGAAAAUAGACAAAAGUGGAUUUAAUGAAAUGUACAUGUACCUUGUACGUAUUGAAAGUCAGGAUAACUAGGUUUUUUUUUCAAACAAGAAAGUGUGUUGGUCCAUUGCACUAAGAUCUACAUGUAAAUGGUAUAGUACCAGGUAAUAUGCUUUGUAAAUCAUAUGUGUAAUACUAUACAGUCAUGUACAAAUAAACCAUCUUGAAAGUGAGGGCAUUAAGAAUUAUUGUGGAAUUCCUGUGUAAAAGCAUUUUAAUUAAGGCUUAUGAGAAUAAGCUAGGUUUAUGUUGAAAAGAAUACCGUAACUUUAACAUCUACCAGGUUCGGUUCUGAUAUUUACAUUUAAUUUGUUCAACGAUUCUGAUUGGCUGUUAUUUAUAAACUAGAUUCAGUGGCAGAGUGGAUUGUAAACAGAAGUCUAAUAUUUUAUUGCCCGUUUUCCACGGUCUUAAAUUCUAAUUGUGACUGCACAUUGCGUGUACAGAAAUAUGUGAGAUGUGUGAACAAUUUUAAUACAGAUUUUGUAUGUUUUCGUGAUUUAUAAACCGUAAUCGUUUGGAAUCCAGAGA